AUGUCGCAACAACCUUUUCAAGCCUGGCAGAGCCAACAAUGGAACUAUCAAGAAGAACCGAUGCAACAACAGCAGCAUCAGCACCACCACACGUUGCUUAAUCCUGCCGCAUCCACGACUCAUCAACCAAUGCAGCAGGAAUACAUGUAUGACUCAAAUCAGUAUUUGUUAUAUCAAGAUUUGCUGAUGAACUCACAAAACGAAUUGGAAGCAGGACAACAAUCUCGACAAGACCAAUCAUUGCUCAGUCUUUCACAAUUAACCACUGAUAUGUUUACUUCUAGUGGUCUGCCAACGUAUUUUAUUUCGCAAUUGACAAACGAACAACAAAUGCCGACAUAUGUAGACAAUUCGAUUCUGCCUGAAUUGCAACCGAAUGGCGCUCUGUUCCCGCAGCAAAACCUAUUUACGUUUCACCAACAACAUCAACAACAAUGGUUGUCGCAGUUUCAGUAUGCGGGGCAGCAUGAAGAACAGAAACCGAACGAAGUCAUCAUGCCAAUGCAAUCUGAACAUGAACUGAGCCGACAAAACUCGGUUCAAGACAUGCUUGGA